GCUGGAGCUAUAAGUAUGAAUGGAAAAAAUCAGUAUGAAGGUAAAGAGAACAGUCACAAUAAAAAACCUAAACACACGAUACCGACUGAAAACUGCAUACUGAAAAAUUUGCAAUCGACUAGACUUAAUAGAAAAACCGAAAAUGAAACUCAGACAAAUGAACAUAAAUCAGACUUCAACAGAAGCAAAGGAAUCAUGAACGAUAAAUCAGAAAGCUCAAAAAAACAACUACUAAAAUACAAAAAUACCGAUGCACAAAGAGUUGAAAAGUAUUCAUCGUCGAGCUCGGAUUCUGAUUCUAGUGAUGACGAGCAGCCGGCGAGUAAGAAGCCUGCGUUGGUGAAGGCGUCUCCAUCUGUGGGCAAGGCUGUUAGUGGUGUAGUUGCUGGUGGUAAGAAGGUGGUCGGGAAGCCUGCGUCGUCGAGUUCGGACUCGGAUUCGAGUGAUGAGGGUAAUGCAGGAUCAGCGAAGAAGCCUGUUGGUGUAGUUGGUAGUGGUGUUAAGACGGGGAUGGGAGUUGUCCCACAAGGUGCUGCUCAGUCUGUGCAGAAGAAGAAAGUUGCGGCCGCACCGUCGAGCUCGGAUUCUGAUUCUAGUGAUGACGAGCAGCCGGCGAGUAAGAAGCCUGCGUUGGUGAAGGCGUCUCCAUCUGUGGGCAAGGCUGUUAGUGGUGUAGUUGCUGGUGGUAAGAAGGUGGUCGGGAAGCCUGCGUCGUCGAGUUCGGACUCGGAUUCGAGUGAUGAGGGUAAUGCAGGAUCAGCGAAGAAGCCUGUUGGUGUAGUUGGUAGUGGUGUUAAGACGGGGAUGGGAGUUGUCCCACAAGGUGCUGCUCAGUCUGUGCAGAAGAAGAAAGUUGCGGCCGCUCCGUCGAGCUCGGAUUCUGAUUCUAGUGAUGACGAGCAGCCGGCGAGUAAGAAGCCUGCGUUGGUGAAGGCGUCUCCAUCUGUGGGCAAGGCUGUUAGUGGUGUAGUUGCUGGUGGUAAGAAGGUGGUCGGGAAGCCUGCGUCGUCGAGUUCGGACUCGGAUUCGAGUGAUGAGGGUAAUGCAGGAUCAGCGAAGAAGCCUGUUGGUGUAGUUGGUAGUGGUGUUAAGACGGGGAUGGGAGUUGUCCCACAAGGUGCUGCUCAGUCUGUGCAGAAGAAGAAAGUUGCGGCCGCUCCGUCGAGCUCGGAUUCUGAUUCUAGUGAUGACGAGCAGCCGGCGAGUAAGAAGCCUGCGUUGGUGAAGGCGUCUCCAUCUGUGGGCAAGGCUGUUAGUGGUGUAGUUGCUGGUGGUAAGAAGGUGGUCGGGAAGCCUGCGUCGUCGAGUUCGGACUCGGAUUCGAGUGAUGAGGGUAAUGCAGGAUCAGCGAAGAAGCCUGUUGGUGUAGUUGGUAGUGGUGUUAAGACGGGGAUGGGAGUUGUCCCACAAGGUGCUGCUCAGUCUGUGCAGAAGAAGAAAGUUGCGGCCGCUCCGUCGAGCUCGGAUUCUGAUUCUAGUGAUGACGAGCAGCCGGCGAGUAAGAAGCCUGCGUUGGUGAAGGCGUCUCCAUCUGUGGGCAAGGCUGUUAGUGGUGUAGUUGCUGGUGGUAAGAAGGUGGUCGGGAAGCCUGCGUCGUCGAGUUCGGACUCGGAUUCGAGUGAUGAGGGUAAUGCAGGAUCAGCGAAGAAGCCUGUUGGUGUAGUUGGUAGUGGUGUUAAGACGGGGAUGGGAGUUGUCCCACAAGGUGCUGCUCAGUCUGUGCAGAAGAAGAAAGUUGCGGCCGCUCCGUCGAGCUCGGAUUCUGAUUCUAGUGAUGACGAGCAGCCGGCGAGUAAGAAGCCUGCGUUGGUGAAGGCGUCUCCAUCUGUGAGCAAGGCUGUUAGUGGUGUAGUUGCUGGUGGUAAGAAGGUGGUCGGGAAGCCUGCGUCGUCGAGUUCGGACUCGGAUUCGAGUGAUGAGGGUAAUGCAGGAUCAGCGAAGAAGCCUGUUGGUGUAGUUGGUAGUGGUGUUAAGACGGGGAUGGGAGUUGUCCCACAAGGUGCUGCUCAGUCUGUGCAGAAGAAGAAAGUUGCGGCCGCUCCGUCGAGCUCGGAUUCUGAUUCUAGUGAUGACGAGCAGCCGGCGAGUAAGAAGCCUGCGUUGGUGAAGGCGUCUCCAUCUGUGGGUAAGGCUGUUAGUGGUGUAGUUGCUGGUGGUAAGAAGGUGGUCGGGAAGCCUGCGUCGUCGAGUUCGGACUCGGAUUCGAGUGAUGAGGGUAAUGCAGGAUCAGCGAAGAAGCCUGUUGGUGUAGUUGGUAGUGGUGUUAAGACGGGGAUGGGAGUUGUCCCACAAGGUGCUGCUCAGUCUGUGCAGAAGAAGAAAGUUGCGGCCGCUCCGUCGAGCUCGGAUUCUGAUUCUAGUGAUGACGAGCAGCCGGCGAGUAAGAAGCCUGCGUUGGUGAAGGCGUCUCCAUCUGUGGGCAAGGCUGUUAGUGGUGUAGUUGCUGGUGGUAAGAAGGUGGUCGGGAAGCCUGCGUCGUCGAGUUCGGACUCGGAUUCGAGUGAUGAGGGUAAUGCAGGAUCAGCGAAGAAGCCUGUUGGUGUAGUUGGUAGUGGUGUUAAGACGGGGAUGGGAGUUGUCCCACAAGGUGCUGCUCAGUCUGUGCAGAAGAAGAAAGUUGCGGCCGCUCCGUCGAGCUCGGAUUCUGAUUCUAGUGAUGACGAGCAGCCGGCGAGUAAGAAGCCUGCGUUGGUGAAGGCGUCUCCAUCUGUGGGCAAGGCUGUUAGUGGUGUAGUUGCUGGUGGUAAGAAGGUGGUCGGGAAGCCUGCGUCGUCGAGUUCGGACUCGGAUUCGAGUGAUGAGGGUAAUGCAGGAUCAGCGAAGAAGCCUGUUGGUGUAGUUGGUAGUGGUGUUAAGACGGGGAUGGGAGUUGUCCCACAAGGUGCUGCUCAGUCUGUGCAGAAGAAGAAAGUUGCGGCCGCUCCGUCGAGCUCGGAUUCUGAUUCUAGUGAUGACGAGCAGCCGGCGAGUAAGAAGCCUGCGUUGGUGAAGGCGUCUCCAUCUGUGGGCAAGGCUGUUAGUGGUGUAGUUGCUGGUGGUAAGAAGGUGGUCGGGAAGCCUGCGUCGUCGAGUUCGGACUCGGAUUCGAGUGAUGAGGGUAAUGCAGGAUCAGCGAAGAAGCCUGUUGGUGUAGUUGGUAGUGGUGUUAAGACGGGGAUGGGAGUUGUCCCACAAGGUGCUGCUCAGUCUGUGCAGAAGAAGAAAGUUGCGGCCGCUCCGUCGAGCUCGGAUUCUGAUUCUAGUGAUGACGAGCAGCCGGCGAGUAAGAAGCCUGCGUUGGUGAAGGCGUCUCCAUCUGUGGGCAAGGCUGUUAGUGGUGUAGUUGCUGGUGGUAAGAAGGUGGUCGGGAAGCCUGCGUCGUCGAGUUCGGACUCGGAUUCGAGUGAUGAGGGUAAUGCAGGAUCAGCGAAGAAGCCUGUUGGUGUAGUUGGUAGUGGUGUUAAGACGGGGAUGGGAGUUGUCCCACAAGGUGCUGCUCAGUCUGUGCAGAAGAAGAAAGUUGCGGCCGCUCCGUCGAGCUCGGAUUCUGAUUCUAGUGAUGACGAGCAGCCGGCGAGUAAGAAGCCUGCGUUGGUGAAGGCGUCUCCAUCUGUGAACAAGGCUGUUAGUGGUGUAGUUGCUGGUGGUAAGAAGGUGGUCGGGAAGCCUGCGUCGUCGAGUUCGGACUCGGAUUCGAGUGAUGAGGGUAAUGCAGGAUCAGCGAAGAAGCCUGUUGGUGUAGUUGGUAGUGGUGUUAAGACGGGGAUGGGAGUUGUCCCACAAGGUGCUGCUCAGUCUGUGCAGAAGAAGAAAGUUGCGGCCGCUCCGUCGAGCUCGGAUUCUGAUUCUAGUGAUGACGAGCAGCCGGCGAGUAAGAAGCCUGCGUUGGUGAAGGCGUCUCCAUCUGUGGGCAAGGCUGUUAGUGGUGUAGUUGCUGGUGGUAAGAAGGUGGUCGGGAAGCCUGCGUCGUCGAGUUCGGACUCGGAUUCGAGUGAUGAGGGUAAUGCAGGAUCAGCGAAGAAGCCUGUUGGUGUAGUUGGUAGUGGUGUUAAGACGGGGAUGGGAGUUGUCCCACAAGGUGCUGCUCAGUCUGUGCAGAAGAAGAAAGUUGCGGCCGCUCCGUCGAGCUCGGAUUCUGAUUCUAGUGAUGACGAGCAGCCGGCGAGUAAGAAGCCUGCGUUGGUGAAGGCGUCUCCAUCUGUGGGCAAGGCUGUUAGUGGUGUAGUUGCUGGUGGUAAGAAGGUGGUCGGGAAGCCUGCGUCGUCGAGUUCGGACUCGGAUUCGAGUGAUGAGGGUAAUGCAGGAUCAGCGAAGAAGCCUGUUGGUGUAGUUGGUAGUGGUGUUAAGACGGGGAUGGGAGUUGUCCCACAAGGUGCUGCUCAGUCUGUGCAGAAGAAGAAAGUUGCGGCCGCUCCGUCGAGCUCGGAUUCUGAUUCUAGUGAUGACGAGCAGCCGGCGAGUAAGAGGCCUGCGUUGGUGAAGGCGUCUCCAUCUGUGGGCAAGGCUGUUAGUGGUGUAGUUGCUGGUGGUAAGAAGGUGGUCGGGAAGCCUGCGUCGUCGAGUUCGGACUCGGAUUCGAGUGAUGAGGGUAAUGCAGGAUCAGCGAAGAAGCCUGUUGGUGUAGUUGGUAGUGGUGUUAAGACGGGGAUGGGAGUUGUCCCACAAGGUGCUGCUCAGUCUGUGCAGAAGAAGAAAGUUGCGGCCGCUCCGUCGAGCUCGGAUUCUGAUUCUAGUGAUGACGAGCAGCCGGCGAGUAAGAGGCCUGCGUUGGUGAAGGCGUCUCCAUCUGUGGGCAAGGCUGUUAGUGGUGUAGUUGCUGGUGGUAAGAAGGUGGUCGGGAAGCCUGCGUCGUCGAGUUCGGACUCGGAUUCGAGUGAUGAGGGUAAUGCAGGAUCAGCGAAGAAGCCUGUUGGUGUAGUUGGUAGUGGUGUUAAGACGGGGAUGGGAGUUGUCCCACAAGGUGCUGCUCAGUCUGUGCAGAAGAAGAAAGUUGCGACCGCUCCGUCGAGCUCGGAUUCUGAUUCUAGUGAUGACGAGCAGCCGGCGAGUAAGAAGCCUGCGUUGGUGAAGGCGUCUCCAUCUGUGGGCAAGGCUGUUAGUGGUGUAGUUGCUGGUGGUAAGAAGGUGGUCGGGAAGCCUGCGUCGUCGAGUUCGGACUCGGAUUCGAGUGAUGAGGGUAAUGCAGGAUCAGCGAAGAAGCCUGUUGGUGUAGUUGGUAGUGGUGUUAAGACGGGGAUGGGAGUUGUCCCACAAGGUGCUGCUCAGUCUGUGCAGAAGAAGAAAGUUGCGGCCGCUCCGUCGAGCUCGGAUUCUGAUUCUAGUGAUGACGAGCAGCCGGCGAGUAAGAAGCCUGCGUUGGUGAAGGCGUCUCCAUCUGUGGGCAAGGCUGUUAGUGGUGUAGUUGCUGGUGGUAAGAAGGUGGUCGGGAAGCCUGCGUCGUCGAGUUCGGACUCGGAUUCGAGUGAUGAGGGUAAUGCAGGAUCAGCGAAGAAGCCUGUUGGUGUAGUUGGUAGUGGUGUUAAGACGGGGAUGGGAGUUGUCCCACAAGGUGCUGCUCAGUCUGUGCAGAAGAAGAAAGUUGCGGCCGCUCCGUCGAGCUCGGAUUCUGAUUCUAGUGAUGACGAGCAGCCGGCGAGUAAGAAGCCUGCGUUGGUGAAGGCGUCUCCAUCUGUGAGCAAGGCUGUUAGUGGUGUAGUUGCUGGUGGUAAGAAGGUGGUCGGGAAGCCUGCGUCGUCGAGUUCGGACUCGGAUUCGAGUGAUGAGGGUAAUGCAGGAUCAGCGAAGAAGCCUGUUGGUGUAGUUGGUAGUGGUGUUAAGACGGGGAUGGGAGUUGUCCCACAAGGUGCUGCUCAGUCUGUGCAGAAGAAGAAAGUUGCGGACCGCUCCGUCGAGCUCGGAUUCUGA